ACCAUCAAACGAUUGGAGAAGACAAGUGAGUGGCUCAAUCGGACGACGAAGAAAAAUGUAACAAUUUGAUAUUCAACGGAUAACAAAGUGGAAGAAAUAUUUUCUGCCAACUGCCCAAACUUGUUGUUAGUAAAUUUCCAUUGUGCUUUGUCGAAUCGCACAGCUACUAGCGGCCAUGCAGUACAUUUUGAUUGCAGUUGUCACCCUCUUUGCUUUAUGCCGGCUGAUUCCUUCUUGUAAAUUCGUGAUCAAGUAUGCGCUAUUCCAUUUGUAUAUUGUGUUUAUAUUUAGUGUUUCGUUAUUCCCUUGCCUGCUGAGACCAGGAAAUGCUGACAAUCUGGUAGUUGGGAAGUUUCUUUAUCACAUAUCUCGGAUGGUUUGGUGGCUCUUAGGGAUAACAAUUGUGACAGAGGGCAAGAGAACUUGUGUUCUUUUGAUGCGCCAGCUGUUAUGAUGUGCAAUCACCAGUCAUCUUUGGAUUGUCUUGUUAUAGCAAAGGAUGCACCAAGACCAACUGCAACACUUGCAAAGAAAUCUCUUUUGUAUGUUCCACUUUUUGGAUGGGCUGCUUGGCUCGCUGGGACUAUCUUCAUUGAAAGAAGCUCAUCUAGUGCAAUUAAUGUCAUGAAAAAGCUGGUUGCAGAUUUAAAGAAGAAAAAGGCAAAUGUAUGGAUUUUUCCAGAAGGGACUAGAUGUCAGAAUGAUAGCAUGCUUCCAUUUAAAAAAGGUGGAUUCCAUCUUGCAAUAGAAGCACAGAUUCCAGUUGUACCAGUUGUUGUUGGAAACUGCCGUAAUUUCAUAGAUAUACCAAACAAAAUUUUUAACUCAGGAAUACUGCGGGUUAAAGUAUUACAACCAAUUGAGACCACUGGAAUGACAAAAGAUGAUGUUACAAAACUGACAAAUAGCUGCAGAGAUCUUAUGUUAAAAGAAUAUGCACAGAUGAUGGAGGAUUAUAAACAGGAAUAUGUAAAUAUGAGGCCACUACCAAAUUCAGUUAAACAUGAUUAAGUAGUAUAUUAAGUUUGUUUAAGUCUUCCAUAUUCCACUAUCCUUAAUUACAGCUGAACAAGUAGUAAGAUAUCACAACUAGGUUUUUCAUGUAUCAGAGUCUUUCCGAAAUACUUAUCCAUACAGUAAUACUCCAAUAUAUUUCAGAUUCUUAAUAAGAAUACAAGUACUAUACCACAGUAUAAUUUUGCUUGCUAAAGUCUCUAUUUUGUAAAAAAAGAAUCCUUAAUUUUGUGUGAGCUGGACAUUAGAAUCAACUUUUUUAAUUGCGUAUUCAAAUCUUCUCCUGAAUUUCAAAUUUUUAGGCUUUUAAGAAUACACAAUUUUUUGUGCGUUAACAAAUUCAUCCUCCUGUAGGAAACAUACCUGUCUGUUGGAAACAGUCAAUUACCUGCAUAUGCCUCAGCCCCGGCAUUCCUGAUAUGUAAUUAAGCACCUGUCUCUCCAUUUAUUUCCAAGUUAGCCAUCUGCCUUGGUUUUUCAUGUGCCAUUCUCAACUAUGAAGUGUUAUGAUGAGUAACAUGUUUCUUGCAACAUUGCUAAACUGGCUUUUCAAGGCGUAAUUGUUUUUGAGACCCAUAUAUUUUCAUCAAGAAACUUCCCCACUCAUUGACUUCUUUUAAAGACCAUAAACCAAUUCACAAUUGCACCACCCAGCACUGGCUCAAUGUUUCCUGUCUCUCAUUAGGGUGGUGUAAUUUAGUUUCUUUAUUAAAACCAGUGAACAUAUCAUAUCUUCACACCUAAAAAUAACUUGCAGAUGAAAAUGCAAGAAUGUAUCUCAAAGCACACAAUUAAAAUAAAGAAGAAUACCAAGGAUACAACAAACACAAUAUCAUUUAUCUUCAGAAUGGGAUCUAUUGUAAUGAAGAACAGGUUAUUCAUUUUUUAUUCAUUGUAUUUGGCUACAGAAACUACUUUAAUACACAAUCCUUGUUUUGUUACCAAACCCUCGAUUGUCUUGAAUGUUUUCUUUCUAACUUGUGUGCUGUUUACAUAUGAUUUCAAAGCUUUUUCACAAAUGAUGUAAGACACAAGUAAGGAGAGCAAUUUACAACUGGCCUGCCAAAAUUCUUGUGACCAGGUAUGAAAUUACGCAUCAACUAUUAACUGGGCUUAUGUAAUGAGUUUCAUAU